AUGGUUGGUGAUGAAAUUCAAGAUAAUCAACCUGACGAAGAAGAUGAAGAAACUGAUUCAGAGGAAACUUGUAUAAGAUGGAGCAAUUUAAUCUUCUUACCAUUCCACCCAGUGUUUAAAUGUCUUGUUGUUACUAUGGUCAUCAUUAAAACCAUUUUGGGUCCAAUACAAUCGGUUUAUCCGAUUGUAUACUGCUGGACUACUAUGGACUACGUCCCUUUUUUGCUUUUUAUAAAAAUUGUGUACUUGUACUUUUGUGAUCCUAUAUAUGGAGUUGAUACGUUUCUUCAUAUACUACACAGGCAAGUCACAGACGAAGCUAUGAGAAGAGAGUAUUUACCAAAGUCAGCCUUUCUGCUAUUGCUUGAUAUCAUAUCCCUGAUUCCUUUUUACCGUCUUGUGUCAGAGGAAGCCUGUGAACCACCGGAGUUUUAUCCAAAUAUACUCAGUUUCACUGAAUUUGUUAUUGUUUACAGAGUUGCGGAUAGUUUUUCUCUUAUCACAACACAUAAUUACAUAAGGCUUAUUUGCGGUUACACAGUAAUUUUAGCGAUAUGCCUGAACUGUAUUGCCAGCCUUUUGCUCCUAUUAACAACUCAUGGUCUUUGUGAUAACUGUCUUAAAGGACUCUAUGAUUGGCGUAUUCACGUGUCACAUAAAUUAAAUGAAACGGAUCAUAACUAUUGCACAUACGUUUAUGGAGCCUCGAUUACUUUAUCAUAUGUGGUAAAUAAGCAGUAUGAUGAAAUUAAACCAGCAACAGUAUCAGAAUACAUCCUUUUUGGCUCUCUCAUGAUUGGUGGCUAUAUUUUAAUCAAAUUUAUAGUGUUUCCUAAAAUGGUAGCAGAAGCUUUGUUGAGGUUUCGUAAAAUAUGUACAUUUUAUCCGGAAGUGCAGAGAAUAAUAGAAGAAACUCGAAGACGUAAUCCGUCACCAAAUGCUUAUAAGGAUGUUAAACAGUUUUAUGAUUUAAUGUGGAAAAGAAGAAAUGGUAUUACUAAUAUCCCCGAAGUAAUAUCUGAACUGCCCAGAUAUUUGAGAGUCGACAUCAAGCAAGACCUGGUUUGGCCGGUGUUUUAUCAUAGUCCAACAUUGCGCAAUACCUCAUCUCCUUUUAAGAGAUGGCUCUGUGAUUAUGUUCAUAUAGAUUACAAACUGCCUGGUGAAAAGUUUUUCACAGGUCCACAUUGCCAGUCCCAUUUAUAUUAUAUCAAAUCAGGAAUUGUUCAGUUGAUUUCAUUUGACGAUGAUUCAACGCCAUUAAUUUCUGUAACGAGUGGUACAAUUUUUGGGGAUGUUAGCUUCUAUCUUCCACCUUCCAUAAGGAAAGCAUCCGUGCGAUGUCUCACAUAUUGUGAAAUUAUAUACAUUGCACGUGUAGAUCUUUUGAACUCGUUGCAUAAAUACCCUGAAGAUCGACGAAUGAUUAUGGAACUAAUUAAAGACAGAAUCAAGCAUGCACGCAUAUUGCACACUUGUAAACAACAUGUGAGGGGCUUAGAUAGAACUGAAGAUGAAGGCAUUGUAUGGGUCAAGAAACGUUGGUGGGAAAUUUCCGAGGCGGUUUCGGUUUGGAAAAGGAGAUCGUCUAAAAACGAAAACAGAAAAUGCGAAAUACCUGCUGAAGAAUUUGUUUACCAUUGCGCUAAAUACAUUGGUCAAUUGGUACUUUGCAGUGAUAUUCAGCUACUGACAAAAUCCAUGUUUGCUAACGUGAAAUUCCCAUGGAUAUUUGUACCCGAGUCAAUAUUCGGUCAUAUCUGGAAAACAAUAGUAAUAAUUACAGUUUUUUUCGUGUUAUUGCUCUAUCCACCGUUUCUUACGAGAAAGAAUAUACCAAACUGGUUUACCUUUUUUCAGUUAUGGGCAAAUGUUGUUUAUAUUUGUGAUAUUUGUGUUUCUCUCCUGACAUCUAUGGUGAAACAUGAAAAUUUAACUGAUAAUUUUGCUGCUGUAAUGUUCGCUCGGUGUAAAAGUACCAAAUUCGCUCUAGAUAUAUUGUCGACAGUUUGGCUUGAGGAUUUGGCAGUAAUUAUUGGCGUACCUGAAUAUUAUUUUGCCUGCCAGUUCAAUCGCUUGAUCAAAAUUUACGUUCUGUUUACAGAAUGGGAUACAAGAAAAGAUCCUUUAUAUGAUGCCUGUUAUAAGUUAACUCUCGUACACUUCUCAUUUGUUUACAUUGUCAGUUACCUUCUAUUUAUGAUUGACCGCAAUGAAGUCAAGAUAAGCACGCCUUAUUUUUUCGGCGAAGUGUUUUGCAAACGAGGUUCACCAGACGAACAGUGCGAUUUCGAAAGUGGUUCUCCAUUUUACGUGGUGUUAGCAUGGGCCUUAGAAUAUGUGUUCUACGAAUACCUUCCAAAUACUUUAUUGGAUAUGUAUGCAGCCAUCAUAAUAAGCUACAUAGCGUUUAUUGUGUGUAUGUUUUGUGAAACGAGUUUGGUUGGUGCACUGUAUUUGAAAUACCGAGAGAUAAUGAAUUAUCAAUAUUUUGUGUCAAACAUAAAAAGCCAUUAUAGUCACCAUAAAAUUCACCCAGACCUCUUGAAACGCCUAAAUAGAUAUUUAUUAUGUCAUUGGAAAUAUUACCGUGGGAUGGAUGUGAUGCAUCCGAAUUUGUUAAGGAAUGAACCAUACGAUAUUUACUGGAAAGUACAUGGGGAAGUUGCGGAAAAAGUGAUUAGCGGGUCAAGGGCAUUUGCAUAUGCAGAUCGUUCGUUCAUUAGGGAGUUAGCGUAUAAAGCAAAGUUUUUGAUACUGCCAAAAAGUUCAACCAUUAUUAUUUAUGGUCUUAAUUUGAAAAAUGUAUCUUGGAUCAUUCAAGGCCAUGUUUUAUGUGAAUACCCAAAUGAGAAAGGCGAAUUGUUAAAAACUACGCUAUGUGCCGGUGAAUUUCUGUCAGCACUUGGAGUAUUUUUCGGUAGUGUGUCACUCAGAACACUAACAACUGAGACAGAGUGUGAGAUUUUAUACAUGCCAACAAAAGACUUUAUAGACACCAUGAAGCGAUAUCCUCACGAGUGGGCCCAUUAUCAGAACGGCGUGGAGGAAUUCUCAUCAGACGUACAUACAACUGUUCAAGAUUAUGUUGAAAAGUAUAGAAAUUACCAAAUUGUAAUGAGGCGGCGUAUUUUUCACGCUAGAAGGAGAGGCAUAGAAAUGUCUUUCACGAACAUCGUUCAAGAGUCCAAGCAAUCGGAAACAUUUACACGUGGCAGUGGAGCGUGCUACAGAUAUCCAUUCGUAUUGGUUGGCGAAAUUUGUGAUGUGAUUGUCGUAUUAGAUAUUUUUUUCAAAAUAUUCCUUGGUUACUAUGAUGAUCGUGGGUUAUUGGUGACUAGUUUGCGGCAAAGCACUAAACGUUAUAUCAGCAGAGGGUUUUUCUGCGAUGUCGUCGGGUGCUUGCCUUGGCCAGAUAUAAUCAAUUUAUUUCUCACUACGCCCAUCACUGAAAACAAAGAAAUGCUGAUCAACACCUUCAGCAAAUUCGCACAUUUGUAUAUUUUGAUGGGCUAUUUCAACUAUCUGGCGGAUAUGCCUAACGUUAACUUUGCAUUUUUAAUGAUCAUCAAAUGGCAAGUCGUAACACUACUGGUAAUGCUCGGCGCCGGCCAUUAUUUCGUGAACCAAUGCAUCGAAUUCGAUUGGGAUGCCGAUACAAAACUGAUUGGCAUGCAACGUCUCAAUCACUGUUGGUUGCCGAACUACUUCCCUUUGGGCGACCCACCUACAGUGCGAGAGUUGCAUAUGGUUUACGCAGAGAGUCUUAAUCUAGCUCAAAGUGGUUUCAUGAGAUUCAAUCUCGGUAAGUUUGAAAUAGACCGCCUGAAUCUUGGCGUUGGAGCUAUACUUCUUUUGAUCGGAUUCAUGUUUUGGUACGUCAUAUUUUAUUCACUUACUUUACUGGUAUUAAACUAUCGCGGAAACACACUGUUCCAACAUGGCGUUAAUCAACUUCAGAGAUUUCUCAAAGCGGAAAGAGUUGACAAAAAUAUCAUGGUCCGUGCUGUUGCACAUUUCAGAUAUUGGUGGUUCAGAACGAAGGGAAUUAAUAUACAAAGCCUGAUGAACGAACGGAUUGGUGUAAUAUUCAGACAAGACUUGAGUUACUAUUUCUUUAAAAAAACAGUAGAAGCAGCCGAGUCGUUACUCAGAGGCGGUGAAACAACGGAGCGAGAACUGGCUAGUGCUUCAACUCAACUAUACUUUCUUCCCGGAGAGCCUAUUGCAAGAGAAAUGGAUUUAACCCCUUGGGUUUUUAUUGUGCACCGUGGAAAAAUUGUGAUUAAACGGGAAGGCGAAAUUGUAGCUCGGCUGACAAAGGGUUCUAUAUUUGGCCAAUUAGAUGGAUUGACAGCGCGCCCAUUACGUAUUUCGGCCUUUUCUGAUGAUUAUGCUGAUCUACUUCAGAUCCCAAUUAAAGAAUUUCAAGAUAUAGUUGGUGAUGAGGGUAGAGAAAAUAUCGCAAAAAAUCCUCAAUCUAAAUACGAUUACAUGGCUGUUAAGAAGAGGGUCGUUGAAAACCCUUACAAUACUGUGAAGUAUUUGCUUCGUGGACAAAAAUCCAUUAAAUUGCCCUGGAUGGACAAGCGUAUGAGAGCUCAGGGAUGGUACUCCCGCUGGCUGUACUUUACGUGGGUGCUGUGCCCUGUAGUCGCUUCCUUCUCUUCGCUGUUCUACGUCACGGUGCCUGAUGAAACCGAUGCCGAUAUCGUCAUCUUCCUGCUACUGUUUGAUGCUGUACAUUUACUAUACAUUGCUUCUGAGUUUUACUCUAUGGAACUCGUCGUUGAGUAUGGGAAGUGUGAAGAUCGAGUAGUAGAAUGGGGUAUCAUCAAGAAGUGGCAAACCUAUAUCGAUAUUGUAUCCAUUGUUAUACCAGUGAUAGCAUACUAUUUUGGUAAUAAGCACUAUGGGCUGUUCCGACUGUUAAGGCUUCGGCUGCUUUAUGAUUUUCAUGAGCAUUUUUGUGAGGGAUUUCAGAGUACAAUAGCACCGAUAUUAUUGAAAUUCAUAAUAAUAUUAUUUUUGCUACACUGUAUGACUUGUGGGUGGAUAUACGUAGCUUGUCGAGAUUCAGAAUUCCCUUUGGUGAACCCACCGAUUCCUCCACAUAUAAAUGCGACCAUCGAUUUCACUGAGUGGACUUUACCCCACUUAAGAAAGGGAGGAUGCGCUCGGUUGACAAAGAAUUACAUAGCGAAUGACAAAAAAACUAAAUUCGGUUUUCUGGUGCCUCUGUCAUGGACGGCGGACUAUUUGGUGGCAAUGAUAUACGUCAUCAUUAUUUUCACGCACACAGAAAUCGAUAUUGUUGUGGCGCUAACGUUGAAGCAGAUUUACUACAAGCUUUUCAUAAACUUCAUCAUAUAUUUAGCGGACAUCUGGAUACUAAGCAUCGCCAUCAGCGCAGUUUAUACGAAGUUUCGUGAACUCUACGCGUACGAUUAUGACGUUAAUAAUCUUAUUACUUACCUGCAAAGGAGUGGGCUUUCUCCGGUGCUGUUGGAGUCAGUAAGGGAAUAUACAAAGCAGUUAUGGCAGAGGCAAAGAGGUAACUGGCUGCCCGAGUUAGCUCAAAACGCUCAUGAUUGUCUCCGGGAAGACCUGUUGGGUGCUCUUUAUAUCCAUCACCUAGAAACGGUUCCCAUUUUCCGCGACUUGCCUGAUUAUUUCAAUCGACAGUUGGUAGCUCGGCUGAGACGAGUUGUAAUUUUUCCAGGCAAAUUCAUAGUCCAAGAGGGUGACAUUUUGUCUUUAAUGUGCUUCAUCCACGAAGGGGAGGUUGAAAAGUGGUAUACUAACAAAAAUGGUGAAAGGAAAAUGGUGUCGGUUUUGAACACAAAUGGGUACUUUGGUUUGGUUCCCGGACUCUUCCCAAAUGCGCCAUUCCAGUUCACUUUUUUCUCACGCACGGUAGUCGACAUCGUAUUUUUAAGAUUCAGGGAUUGGCAAGACCUGUUGGAAGGAUAUCCCGAAGUAAAGGAGCAGUUGUAUAACGCUGCAAAGCAGUUUAAGAAGGAGACGACUAUGGUUUGA